GCUGCAGUAGCCAUUGGCUGUGUUGUUGAUUGGGGCAGGAGGACCGAGUCACCUUUCUGAUGGUGAGUUCUGCAUCAGCUCAGGAUGAGGAGGGAGGAGCAGGGCUUGGGCUCAGGUGGAAGCAGGCAGUGAUACUGAGAGACUGUGAAGAAUCUACCGACAGCAUCCUGGUAACUGCAUCACAGUAAAUCGGACUUCUGAAUCAAGCAGCUUAGCCUAGCAGCUGAUAAGAGUGAAUGUAGGUGAGAAGCAUUACCUUAUUCCUGAACAAGAGAACUAUUUUGUGAUAAAUGAAACUAAGAAUGUAAAAGGAGGAAUAUCCUGUGGCUAUCACAGAAGAAGGAUUUCCCUGAAUGAUGUGGCGGUGCACCAGAAAAUAACUUUGUGAAGAAUGCUUUCUAUUAAGCUGCUGCAUUGUUCCUGAAGGAAAAUGUUUUUAUUUCUAGUGUAUGCACUUUCUUCAAAAGCUUUGACAACAAGAAGUGACAAGAGACUUUGAAAUGCCUGUACUUUAAGGGAAAAAAAGACUUUGGCAAAUGUUAACCUGAUACAAGAAUGACCUUGGAAGCCUUUUGGAUGGAUUUUAUCCUGCCAGCCUUUCAGUAUUUCAAAGUCGAGGAUUUAAACUCAUCUUGAUGUUUUGAGUUGAUCCCUAAGAAACUACCUCUCUUAGGAGAGAAAAACAUCCUACACACAGAAGCUUUCCUUCUCUUGGCAGUUGUUUUUUCUUUUUACAGAUUUAAUUUUUUAUAGCACAAGGUAAUAAAUCUACAGUAUUUUCUUUAGAAGUCCCUUGUGUCUGCAAAAAGUUACUUGCGAGCACCUGAGGAAGCUAAUCAGAGACCUCUUUUCACCUUUCUAGCUUACCCUCCUUCUCUUAUCCCCCAAAGCUGAGAUGUGUCAGUGGUGAACUAAGGCUGAUGAAGAGACCUGAGCACUCUGGGACGCUCAGCUAUAACAGAAGCACUGACACUGUCUGCCGAAGCAGGUUCUGAGGCACUUGUGUGCAGAGUUUAACAGAUGCUGGAAAGGGCACCUACUUUCUGGAGCCAAGACUGCAAGUUCCUCUAAUUCUAAGCCAUGAAUGAAUCCACAUGGACUGAAUGGAAGAUCCUGAACAUGACCAGUGACAUUGUGAAUGUGUCUGAGCGUCACUCUUGCCCACUUGGAUUUGGUCACUACAGUGCAGUGGAUGUCUGCAUCCUUGAGACAGUUGUUAUUGUCUUGUUGACAUUCCUAAUCAUUGCUGGGAAUUUAACGGUCAUCUUUGUCUUUCAUUGUGCUCCACUGUUGCAUCAUUAUACUACCAGCUAUUUUAUACAGACGAUGGCAUAUGCUGAUCUCUUCGUUGGAAUUAGCUGCUUGGUUCCUACUCUCUCACUUCUUCACUACUCCACAGGUGUCCACGAGUCACUGACUUGCCAGGUUUUUGGAUAUAUCAUCUCAGUUCUAAAAAGUGUUUCUAUGGCAUGUCUCGCUUGCAUCAGUGUGGAUCGCUAUCUUGCAAUCACCAAGCCUCUUUCCUACAAUCAACUGGUCACCCCUUGUCGCCUGAGAACGUGCAUUAUUUUGAUUUGGAUCUAUUCCUGCCUAAUUUUUUUGCCUUCCUUUUUUGGCUGGGGGAAACCUGGUUACCAUGGUGACAUUUUUGAAUGGUGUGCCACCUCUUGGCUCACGAGUGCCUAUUUUACUGGGUUUAUUGUUUGUUUACUUUAUGCUCCUGCUGCCUUUGUUGUCUGCUUCACUUACUUUCACAUUUUCAGAAUUUGCCGGCAGCACACCAAAGAGAUAAAUGACCGAAGGGCCCGAUUCCCUAGCCAUGAAGUAGAGGCUUCCAGAGAGACAGGACACAGCCCUGACCGACGCUAUGCCAUGGUUUUAUUUAGAAUAACCAGUGUAUUUUAUAUGCUGUGGCUCCCCUAUAUUAUUUACUUUCUUCUAGAAAGCUCCCGAGUCUUGGACAAUCCAACACUGUCCUUCUUAACAACCUGGCUGGCUAUAAGUAAUAGCUUUUGUAACUGUGUGAUAUACAGCCUCUCCAACAGUGUUUUCCGGCUAGGCCUCCGAAGACUUUCUGAGACAAUGUGCACAUCUUGUAUAUGUGUGAAAGAUCAGGAAGCACGAGACCCCAAACCUAGGAAACGGGCGAAUUCCUGCUCCAUUUGAAGACACUUAGACAGUAAAUCAAAUGUAAUCUGACAGUGGGUUUGGAUUAUAUUCUUGAUUCAUCUGGAAGGUUGCCACCAGAGAAAUAUUUACUUGAAUAGUUCACUGUAAAAUGAAGGAUGACACUAAAGAUCUCUCCCUCCUUCCUUCUCUUCUUUUUUCUACCUUUUUCGUGGAGAAGACUAAAGGAAAGGAUGUAUACAGGGUAAUCUCGUGAGGGAAUUAGUGUAUGAAUGUACAUGUGCAGUAAUAAGAAAAAUUCAGUACUGAGGAUGAGAAAAGUACCUCAAGUCUCCUGUAAGACAUAAGCAAGUCCCUUGGCACCUCUUUUUUACUGUCUGUAUUUUCUGCCUCUGUCUUUGUCUUUCAUUUUGUUUCCUUCCAUGUCUCUCACUCUUAGUGUUUGUGGAAAUUAUUAGUAUAAAUUGUCCUUUACAGAACAAUGCUACAUAUGAUAUAUGUGGCCAGAUACAACCUUUUGUAUCCAAGUAUACUUUUAAACAUACGAAUCUACAAACCAUAAGUGAUUUCUUCAUGGAAGAUGCACAGUAAGCAUUAUUUUUUUGGUUUAUUAUACAACCUUUUUGUUCAUGGUUUUAUAGUUUUACCGCAGCCCAAAUUUUCUGCUGCAAACAAACAAUCCCUGUUUUGUUUCUUCUGGGUAAAUGACUUUUUCCUCUCACUUUCCUAACAGUCUAUUUUUUUUUUCUUUGCUUUUUUUCUCCAUCCAAAUCAUAUCAUACCUUACUCCUGAAGUGUCUUAGAUAAUGAAAGAAACUAAUGUAUAAAGCAAUCAUAAUGUUAAAUAAUUUAUUCCUUCCAAUAAAGCAAUGUAGUCACCUACUGGGGAGACUGGGUCAAAUAUUUUUAAUGGGUUUCUGGAACAGUUUUAUCUUGUUUCUUUGAAGUUAGUUCAUGUGCCUAAUAUGUUGUCAUUUUUUGCUGUAGUAGAGCUUUGUGUUUUUAAAGAAAACCCGCAAGUAAUUCUAAUUCACAUAUAGGAUACUCAAUAGUGGUGUAUCACUCUUAAUGCCACUUGGAAUGUCCUUUUUAAAAAGUAAAACAUUAACUUUUUGUGUAAGGUCUAUAAUUGCUUACUGUUGUAUCCACUAGUCAUUUGUGUAAUAUUCAUUUGCACAUACUAUAUUUUUAAAACAGAAAAUGUAAAAUUAUAUUAUGUGAUCUGUGCCUAAUGUUUUCUUAGCACAAUACAGAAGUCAAUGUUGUUUAAGUUGUCAACAUUGAGAAGAGUAUAUAUAAGAACUUAUUUUAAAAGGAAAAUACUUUUGUGUAGUUGUUAUUUAGAUAUUUAUAUUAGAUGAAGGUGCGUUCUUAGUGCUGCUGAGAUUAUAUAAUAUACUUAAUUAAAUUAUCAAAUACAGCUAAGAGCUAUCAGUAUUGUAUUUUAUAAUGACCUGUUUUCAGAUGUAGAGAUUAAUUUAUUUUUUAGUGUGCUGAGAUUAUGUAAUAAAGAGUCAGGGGUUUAGAUACAGUAAAGUGGCAUUAAAGGAAUUAAUAAUGAAACAGGUGAAAGUAGUAGAACAUCUAUACCUUUCUUUUUUAUUGUAAGUUGGAAAUUUUAUAUAGCACUACUGAGUAUUUCUCUUCUCAGCAUUAUAAUUUCCUUGUUUUAUGAAAUGCAUUUAAUGAAAUGUGCCUAUGAGUCUUUAAUUUAGAAGCCAACCAUGUUUGCACACUGGUUUGACUUCAGAGAUCAUUUAGUAAGAAUGUCAUUUUAUUGAGGUUGUUCUGAACCCCUGUGUAUUUUUUAAACAUGAGAAAAGUUUAAAAUGAAUAAUAAAAUAGUAUUCUAUUUAUCAGAAUUGCUUCAGCUUAAU